GAAAAAACUUAGUUUCACACAAUUUAGAAAACACAAUUUUUUUAUAUAAAAAGCACAACUUACAACACCCUUCUAGCACAAGCUAAUAAUUAAUCCCCUUUCACAUUGUUCCUAGCAACUUCUACUUGAAGUUUCACUCACAAGUUUCCACAUGGAGUUGGAUUUUGACUUGGAUUUUGAGGACUACUUUCCAUCCAUGGUUGCGAGUUUAGGAGCAGAAGCAUUUAUAGGUGAACUUUGCUACGGGUUUCAUUUGCUUAUGGAUGUCAACAAGGGUCUUAUAACAUUUGAGAGUUUGAAGAUGAAUUGUUUCAUGCUUGGUAUGGAGGUGAAGGAUGAUGAGCUCGUGUACAUGCUAAUGGAAGGUGAUUUGGAUGGAGAUGGUGCUUUAAAUCCAAUGGAGUUUUGCAUUCUUAUGUUUAGGUUGAGUCCAUGUUUAAUGGAAGGACCUAAAAUGUGCACAAAUCCUCAAGGUGUGAAUCCAAUGUUAAUGUGAUGACACUCUUCUAUCUAACUCUCUUUUCUGCUAGCUUUCUCUCAUAAUUUAAUUUAUAUGCACGAUCAAGUUAAAGACAUUUUACACUGUCAAUUAAUCAUGGUUGUUAUAUUACUUAACAUAUUUGACGUUAAUUAUAAUUAUUUCUAAAGUCAUAUAAUCUGUUGUGAUUUGUGACAGUGUAAAAUGCACUACUUCCUCCGAUCUUGAAUAUAAGAAGAAGAAAAAAAAUCAAACAAAGUAAAUGUAUCUUGUUUAGAUUUUAAACUAGAUACAUUAACUUUUUUUGAAUCUCUUACUUAUAUUUUAGCCCAGAGUAGCACAUUAAUAGUGUAUUAAAAUUAAAUUAUUCUCUCUAUUUCUCUUAUAUUUAAUAAAACAUAACAUUGUAUCCAUAAGAGAAUUGGGAGCUAGAGGUUGAUUAAAAGCGUCUUAGUGUAACUCUAUUAGUUAGUGU